GUGCUGCCAACCGGUAUCUAUCAAAAUCUGUUGUUUUAUUUAUAAUAAUAUUUAUUGUUGUAGGUAAGAACAAUAAGCACUAAUAAUACACAGAUAAGUCUUUAAUAUUUAAUAGCGGGGAAUAGAAAACGUUUGUUGAAGUUGUAUAAUGCGAAUAUUUGUUGAAAAUAUAGUUUCUCCAUCUUGAAAUAUGUUGGCAACAUGGCGACGCCAAACAGAAGAUGAGGUAUAAUGUACAUCUGUGACAGUAGCAAAAUUGUUGCUAUUUUCUCUGAAUAAAAACACUGAGCAUAAGUGCAUUAUAUCUUUUAAGUUUGAAGUAAUCAAAAAAAAAUGAGUGAAGAAUUGUCUAUGGACUAUAAAGACGGUGAUAUCGUCUGGGUGAAACUAGGCCCGAGCUGGUGGCCGGGUGAGGUUAGAGAUUUAAAUAACAUACCCUCAGAUGAAAUCGAAUUCAAAAAACCACCUUUAGCUGUAGUGAAAUUUUUCGAAGAAGAUACAUACGAGUAUGUCAAAACAUGGAGCAACAUUUAUCCCUACAGCUGCGACAAAAAAUCAGAGUUUAUCAAAAAAGGCAUGGCUGCCUUCAGAUCCAAAGCACCGCAUAUGGAAAAGUUCCCUAGAGACGUAACCACUGCGGAGACUAAAAUAGGUGGGAAUCCUAACAUCCUAAGUGAUCCUGCUUGUCUUCCCGAAAAGAAAAGAAACGUUGUGGCAGAAGUUUUUGGCUCACCAAAUGCUAAAAAGAGUCCUAGGGAUUCUAACAAAAAACCACGCUCCUCUCUCAAACAUAAUCCAAAAGACACUGCCCAUUUAACCCACAGAAGAUUCCUCGGUGUAGACGAUUACAAAGCGUACAUCUGCAUCCAAUAUCCCGGAAAAGACCGAAUUCCCGGCGACAGUGAAGAUGAAGAAGUAAUACGUAUAAAUACAGAACGCGAGCAGGAAUAUAACUGCCAUUCAUGUCCUUACACCACAAGACGACUUGAAGUCAUGAUAUUGCACACAAAAUCCCACAUACAAGGCGUUUAUGUCUCGAGUCCUGGUAGGAAGCGACCAGUAGCAGCACGACCCAGAAAGAAAGAAUACACAAAGAAGAAAGCGAAAACUUACUCUGACGAUUCUUCGAGUGAAGAUGUACCGGAACCACCUAAGGAGAAAAAGAGGAAGACUAAAGUCGAACCAAAACCCAAAAAACUACCGAAAAAAGUUGUCGAGGAAGUCAAACCGAAGUCAGUCGAGGAUAUUCGCACCGAUUUAUUAGCCGAAUGGGAAGAUUCCGACGACGAAUUCGAUAUGUCAAUAUUUGACAAAACCCCCAACCUUUCAGAAAGUUACGAUGUAACGGGACUCUCCAAACUGGACGAAACCGCUGAUUUAAGCAAUAAAGAAUCAGAUACAGAAAUGAAAAAAAUUGAAGAAAUUGAAAAUGGCGAUAAUGAAACGAAAGAAACUGCAAAUGGUGACAAUGAAACGAAAGAAACUAAAAAUGUUGAUAUUGAAACGAAAGAAACUAAAAACAGUGAUAAUGAAACAAAAGAAAAUGAAAAUGGAAAUAUUGAUACUAAAAGCAUGUCUGACAUAGAAAACGAACCUCUGCUUAGUCCCAAAGAGUCAAAAGACACUUCCAAACUUCAAAUGGACAAAGAAACCCAGGAAGCUAUCAAAUCUUGUUUCGAUUUCGACGAAGACGACGAAGAUGACGAUUUUCUCAACACAACAGUUGAAGUCGGUAGAAAAAUUCCAAGAGUCAUACCGCCAACUGAAAAAAGAAAAUCCGAAAUACUUGAAGACAUCAUCGACCUGGAAGAAGGCAUCAAUAAGGAUGAAAUAUUAAAGGUCAGCCAAAGCUUCAACGAGAAAACCGCCAGUAAAGAAUCCGAAGAAUUGGAGAAUACAUUCAAAGAUUUGAUGGAUACGACAUCGGUUCCUAGACUGCCUAAUAUCGAAAAUUCCCUUAAACCGACUCAAAAUUUUCACGUAGUCACGACCAUCAAAUUUCCAGAUAAACCAGACGAAUCGCACAAGAAAGAUCGCGAAAAACAUUCGACCGAAGUUCCAAUAAAUCCUAAAAAACGGUUCGUAAAGAGCUUCGAAGAUUUCGAAAAUCAACUCCAACAGGAAGAGAAUCGAAGAAAAGAGGAGGAACAAUUAAAGAAACAAGAAGAAAGGGUCGUCAGAGAAACCUUGAAAGAAACGGAAGUGAAUACAGAUAAAAUCGAAGAUCAGAAUCAGGUUUUUCAGGAACCGAAGAGCUCUUUUUUUAGUGAAAGAAGGAGCUCUCUUGAUAAAGUUACAGAAGUUACACCACCUAUUCAAGAUUUAACCGUAGAAGAAAAUAUUCCUUCUCGGAUAAACGAUUUUUCCGGUUCGUCCGGCGAAGACGAUGCCAGCGGCAUAGAUUUUAGCAAGCUUCAGACGACGAUUAUGUCAAAGAUAAUAGAAGAAGCGAAAAUUUCCAACGAAUCGAGGAACAAAAUUCUGUCCAAAAUGAAGCACAAGAAACCGACUCGCAGCAGCCGAAUUUCAGAAUCCGACGCAACAACUGUACCGGAACAAAGAUAUUCCUCCAGACAUAAAGAACAUAAGUCGCCCGCGAAAGACAAACUGGAACAAGAACAAAGUAAAAGUGAAGAAAACGAUGUACCAAAAGGUCGUCGAUAUUCAGCGAAAGAUCGAAUCGAAGAAGAAGCAGUUCCGUUGCCUUCAGUAUCUUUUGAAAAAGAUACAACUGUACCGGAACAAAGAUAUUCCUCCAGACAUAAAGAACAUAGGUCGCCCGCGAAAGACAAACUGGAACAAGAACAAAGUAAAAGUGAAGAAAACGAUGUACCAAAAGGUCGUCGAUAUUCAGCGAAAGAUCGAAUCGAGGAAGAAACAGUUCCGCUGCCUUCAGUAUCUUUCGAAAAAGAUACAAUCUUACCGGAAAAGGUCGUACCGAAGAGAGAUACAAUCUUACCGGAAAAGGUCGUACCGAAGAGAGAUACAAUCAUACUGGAAAAGGUCGUACAGAAGAGAGAUACAAUCUUACCGGAAAAGGUCGUACCGAAGAGACGCAGAUAUUCAGCGAAAGCUACCGUCGAGGAAGAAUCAAUAUCGUCUGCAAACGAUUCAAAUGUGAUUGAAAAAAAUGUCCUUACAGGCGAUACGAAAGAAGAAAGAAUUCCGCUAGUCUCGACUGAAGAAAAAAUCGAACAGAGAAGCUCCUCUUCGCGAAUUUCAUUCAAGAUAAAUAAAAGACAUCAAUUGAAAUCGACAAUUUUGAAAGAUUGGGACGAAGAAGACGAGCCGAUAGUUUUGCCCAUCCGCCGAUCCUUGAGAUCCACAUCCCAAGAGGCCACACACUUAGAAAAACCUAACGAUAUUAAUAAAAAAGAAGAUAAAAGCGUUACGGAAAGAGACGGUACCGAAGAAAAAGUAUUAAAUGUUCCUUUUAAAAAGAGCCGCUGGUCGAGAAGGACGAGCUAUCCCAAACAAGAUACCCCGAAAGACUUAUUCAAAAUUGAACCAGCUCAAAAUAUUUCGUUGCCCGUAAAAAUCGAUAAAAAAUUGGUUUUCGAUGUGACCCAUAAAGAAGAUCUAAAAAGCGUCAGUAGAUUCUUAGAAAAUGAAAAAGAUUAUAACAAAGAACCGGAAGUUGUCAGAAAAAACGAUUUGUCCGAAGAAAUACGCGAAAUGGAAAUAGAACUCGCUUCCAAUGAUUAUACAACCGUAAAAGAAUCUUCACCGUCAGAUUUCACUGAAAAAAUAGUUGCUACAGAGGAAAUAGUCGCAGAGGAAUUAGUUGUCGCAGAGGAAUUAGUUGUCGCAGAGGAACUAGUUGUCGCAGAAGAACUAGUUGUCGCAGAGGAACUAGACGCCACAAAUAAAAUUGAAGCUACACAAGAAACAGAUGUUACACAAGAAAUAGAUGCUACAAAAGAAAUAGAUGCUACAGACACGAUAGAUGUUACAGAAGAAAUAAUUUCUACAAUAAAAACAGAUGUUACAAAAGAAUUAGAUGGCACAAAAGAAUCAGAUGCUAUGGAAGAAGUACCCGCAACAAAAGAAAUAGACUUAAUUGAAGAAAUAGAGUUCACAGAAGAUUUAGCUGCUACAAAAGAAAUGGCUCAUAGAGAAGAAACAGCUGUUACAAAAGAAAUAGCUGCUGCAGAAGAAGAAAUAACGCCUACAGAAGAAGAAAUAGCUUCUACAGAAGAAACAGCUGAUACAGAUAAAAUAACUCGUAUAGAAGAAGAAGUAGCUGAUACAGAUAAAAUAGCUCAUAUAGAAGAAGAAAUAGCUCAGAGGGAAGAAGCAAUAACUCCUACAGAAGAAGAAAUAGCUCAUAAAGAAGAAGCAAUGACUCCUGCAGAAGAAGAAAUAGCUCUUACAGAAGAAAUAGCGUAUACAGAAGAAAUAACUGUUACAGAAGAAGAAAUAACUCGUGUAGAAGAAGAAAUAGCUUCUACAGUACCAGAAAUAGCUCCUACAGAAGAAAUAUCUCACACAGAAGAAAUAGCUCCUACAAUAGAAGUAGCUCCUACAGAAGAAGAAAUAACUCCAACACAAGAAGAAAUAGCUCCUACAGUAGAAGUAGCUCCUACAGAAAAAGAAAUAACUCCAGCACAAGAAGAAAUAGCUCAUACAGUAGAAGAAGUAGCUCCUACAGAAGAAAUAUUUCAUACAGAAGAAGAAAUCGCUUAUACAGAAGAAGAACUAACUCCUACACAAGAAGAAAUAGCUUCUACAGUAGAAGUAGCUCCUACAGAAGAAAUAGUUCAUGCAGAAGAAGAAAUAGCUUAUACAGAAGAACUAACUCCUACACAAGAAGAAAUAGCUCCUAUAGUAGAAGAGAUAGCUCCUACGGAAGAAAUAGCUGCAGAAUAUGUUUCCAUAGAAGAAAAAUCGGAAGCAGAUUCAAACGUGGUUUCUGAACAAACCGAAAAUGAUCGAAUCGUUAGGGAAAACGAUAUUGAAGAUAAAAACUUGAACGAAACUAUUUCCGAGCGUUUAUCGAACGGUAUAAACAUGUCGACCGACGAAUCGAUGACUGUUUGCGAAGAAUUUCAACAUUCUACAAACGAUAUAUCUUGCAAUUUAACUGUAGAAUCGCAGCCGGACCAAUUGAUCGUUCCAUCGUUGCAUGAUGAAGAAUUUCCGCCGGUAGCAGCGGCGUUACCGGAAGACGCGAUUUGCGAGCCAGUUUCGAAACCGAAUAAAAGGAAAAAGGGCAGAAGGAGAUCGUCCAGAUUUACGGCGAGAAAAAAGCGAAAAGUCAGUAGAGACAGUACAGAAACGAUAGAUAGUGAACAAAUUGAAGAAAGCGUAGAAAUCCUGAGUCCAAAACCAGAAAUAGUACCCAAGGAGGAUGAAACGGAAAUUGGUUGUCUUCCCGAGGAACCGAGCGAAAAAAUCGAAAGUACUGUACCGAUCUCUAGUGAAAAUUACAGUAAUGUUACUGAAGAAGAAAUUAAUUUAAAGGAAUCCGAUUCAGAAUUAAUAAUAGACACAGCACACAUAGACAACAAAAUAACUGAAAUAGAUGCAGUCGAAGAAGAAACGAUAUUUGAAGUUACAAUUGAACAAGAUUCGAGUAAAUCUCAUAUCGACACUGACACCGAGAUAGUAGAAACCGAAGAAAUUAUAGAGACUUGCAUUGAGACGGAAGAUUCGGUGACAGAUGAAGAUUUUGCAAGCGAAUCUGCUCAAAAGGUGGCUGAAGAAUCGCAAGAAUUUCCAAUUUCUACUGACGAAGCAAUACAACAUCUGGAACAAUUACAAGGUGUUCCUAAUGAUGUUCCAAUUUGUAACGAUGAAGAGACAGUUGCAACUCAUCAUACUGACGAACGGGAACAAAUUCCAGUUUCCGAUGAAAAACAGAUUGUAGACGAAUUAUCUCAAGACCUUGUUCUAGAUGAAGUUCCAAUUUCUACAGAAGAAGAAGAAGCAAUAGUAACUCCAGACAAUUUGGAAAUUGAAAAAGAACAAGUUGUCAGUGACGUUCCAGUUUCUGCUGAAGAUGAAGCAAUAACAACUCCAAAAGAUUUGGAAAUCGAAGAAGUAGUGCAGGAAAUACACGAACCUGUUUCCAGUGACGUUCCAGUUACUAUUGAAGAAGAACUAGUUGUAACUCAACAAACUGACGAAGAGGAACAACCUUUAAUUUCUACGUUAGAUGAGAUUCUAAUUCCUACAGAACCAGCAAUUGAGAAAGAUGUAAUUGAGGAACACGUUGAUGCACCAUUUAAAGCAGAUGCAACUGAAGAUCUAGUGAAAUUGCUUAAAAAGCAAAACUCUAAGGAAUUGGAGCCGAUUAAAAAGCAAAUAGUUGCGAUUGAAAAUGAAGAGGCAAAAAUUGAAAAAGUAACAGAAGGCGUAGUUGUUGAAGCAGAAGAAGUGGUAACUAAUGAAAGUUCAGACAAUGAAAUUGCAAGGAAACUCGAACAGAAAGCCAUUACUACAAAACAAGACGAUUUAAUUAGUUCCCUAUUUACAUUUUCGCGAGACAAAUUUAUUAUUGAAACUGAAACGAGUACCAACACAGAAAAAAUAGAAUCAAUGAAAAAAGACAGUUACGAAAUUAAAAUUGGUGCAAAAAAAUCGAUCGGCGACGAUACGAUAGACGAUGACGAAGAUGACAAUUUGACUGACUUAGUUAGCGAUAUCGUAAAGAAAUUAAAGCAAGACUCUGAUAAAAAUCGAGAUUUAGAAAUGGAUAAUCUACGAGACACGCCAGAGAAACUAAUUUAUAACGAUACCAAAAUUCUGGAAAAGUCUAAAGACGAUAGCGACGACGAAAAAGCCAAACUCGAAAUUUUAUGCGACAGCAACUCACAAGAAGCUUUUAAAUUUUCAAUACAAACCAAUUUAUCGAAUCUGUCCAGAAGCGAAGAAAUAUCCGCUAUAGCUUUAGCUACGUUAUCGGAGAUGAAAACAGAUUCCAGCAUUAUCUCGGCUCCACGUGAAAACUUAAACUUCCCUGAAAAACUAUCCGAAACGGAAAUGGUCGCGAUAGAAGGAAAUUUAACUGUGAUGUCAGAAAAAGAUUUGGCAGAUGCCCAAGUCGAGAUUACGACAGAUAAAGUGAUCAGUUCGAAAAAACCGAUCACUUUAUCGAAUUUCUCGAUGGAUUUUUCCGAUUCGACAAGCGACAGCGGUAGUUUGACCGAAGCAAUUAAAUUCACCGAUUUCGACUCGAAAGGCACUGAAUUCACUUCGAGAGCCAUAACGAAAGAACUGAAACCGAAAUCGACCACUAAAAAAGCCAACGCGUACGAUCAGUGCGAGUUACUAGACAUCCUCGAAGGUAAUGCCGACGUGGAUAAGAAAAUCGUCGAAUUCCAGACGCCCACGAAGACUUUUUCGGGCGACAUUAUGGACUUCGAGGAAUGCAUUCCGUCCCAGAUAGUAUGCACUAAGGAAUUCCAAAAAAAUAUCAACGACGAAUUGAAGAAAAAGGACAAGUGCAGCUCCGUUAUGUCUACCACAUCGAAAUUAUUAGAACGCUUAUCGGAUACGAAACAUCUGGAAACCAAAAUCGAGCCGCCUAGCGAAAGUCCGGUGAAGAUCGUGAAAAAUCAAAAAAUCAAACCCAAACCGAUUAUUCUAUCGGAGCAAAUUAUUAAACCGGCUGUUGCGGAAAAUAAAAAAGUCGCGCUUACUAAUAAUACUGUAAACGACAUCGAAGAUGUGGAGGCGUUCGUCAUACAUAAGGAUUUGAAGAUGGCAGUCGAAGUGAAGGAGGAACCUAAGACGCCCCCGAAAGCGGUCAGAAAACCCAGGAGUAAACCGACGGGGAAAGCCAAGAUUCUUCAGCAAACGAUAAUUACGCCCGCGGGUGAAAUUAUACAGCCGGCUGUUGUUGCGCCGAAGAAGAAACCUGUUGCUGCUGCAAGUAUUACGAGAAUAACUCCAGAAUCUCUUUCAUCGAUGUUGUCUAACAAUACAUCAAAACCGAGCGCAACAGUAAUCAGUAACGCUACUGUAGAUACUACCAAUCAAGACGACAACAUAUUUGAUAUUUUCAGCAUGCCGAUCGUGCUCUCCGACCAAAUCCUCACCCCGGAAAGCAUCGAAAACAUGCCCAUCGUCAUCGAUGGCAAUCCGCCCGUCAGCAAACCCACCCCAACCGUAAUAACGCCGAUUACGGCAAAAAUACCGGCAAGUAAAGUCGUAACAAAAACGAUUUCAAGUACUACUCCUACAUUAAUAUCGACCAAGCUUUCCAACGUAACGCCUAAACAAAAACCGAGGAUAUUACAGUCCGGGAGCGCGCGAACCCCGUUAGCGUCCGCCGUUUUACCGCAAAAACCCGGCGGCGGCAAGUAUAUAAUAGUGUCGCAGGGAAGUCCCGGGAUUGCGCCGCCAAAAACUGCGCAGAAGAAGAUAAUGAAGAGGGCUUCUUUACCGGCGGGUAUCGCGGCUAAAGUUGGUAAUACGCAAGAAAUUACCGGGAACAAGAUUAUGGUUGUUACUAAUCAACAAGGACAACAGCAAAGGUUACUACUUACGCCUGCUCAACAGAAGGUCCUGGGCUAUCAACCUCCCUCUGGUCCAAAGCUAUCGAAGACUGUCGUCAAAACAAACUUGCUACAAAAAAGCAUUGCGGCCGUUUCAAAAACAGAGGCUGGUUCCUCGAAAACAAGUUCCUUACUAGGCCAAAAAAUCGUAGCAACUACUAGUCAAUUUCUGUCUACCACUUCUACUUCAAAACCUAUAAAAUCGGUAAUCAAAAGUAGAUUGGCGCAGAAUCAAAAGCCUUCUAUAUCUACGAGCAGCAAAUCGGCUAAGACUAUUUUAAUAACAAACAAACACGGUCAAACUAUUAAGAAGAUAGCGACAACUGAAGAUGACAUAGAUAAGCAGGUAGCCGAACAGUUGGAGGCCAUAAAAGCUAGCAGCGGGAUGCAAUUUGGAACUCAGCCUAAACCCGAGAUUGUGAACAAUAAAGCCACUCCCAGGCUUCCAAUUCGCAAGCCCCAUUCCAAAAAGCAAGAGCCCAAAGCUAAGUCAACACCGCCUCUCGUUCAUGCAGACUUAUCAACACCUCCUCCUCUUGUAACCGCCUCCAAAAAGUCGCUUCCCGCUCUAGCGGAGACGAAGAAAACCGUUAAAGAAGAACCGAAACUUCAACCAGAACGUCCUCUUAACCAGUUGGUCAUCCAGGACGCACUUGGCAACCAAACGACGAUCACGGAAGGUCAAAUUUUAGCGAUUCCUAGCGAAACUGUGGAUGGUCAGCCGCAGUCUUACAUGCUGGUCACGCUGGACCAAGCCGGCAACUUGACGCCGUUGAACAACGAGGCUCUGAUGUCGUUGGAUCCGAAUUUGGGACUGGGCGGUGACUUGAGUAAUAUGGUGUUGCAGAUCGAUCAGGGAUCGAUGGGAAGCAGCGUGCCGUUGGCUCAGCCCGCCACUGUUAAGUUGACGAGUCCCGGAGAAGAACUUCAAGCAGGUACAUCAAAAAUUGAUAUUCCACGUGCCGCAGCCCCAUCUCUCUCUCUACCGGUAGCCAAUGAUGUACCGACUAUAGAACCCAAGGUUCUCCAGACCACAAUCCCAGCCCCAGCCGAAGCUUCCGUUAACAUAGAAUCGAUCGUUUCGAACUCGAGCACCGAACAGGGCCAACAACUUAUCGUUACAGGCGAUCCAAUAGCAACGCAAAAAUUCUUGGAAUCCCUAACGGAAGGUACGACAGAUUUGGCCAAUAUAAUAGCCAAUGCUGAAGGAAAAAGCAUAUUAAUCCAAGCCGACGGCCAGCAGAUACUCAUAAACACGAACACGGACAGCCAGUUAUUGCCGAACGUUGGCGAGAGCACCGAAGGUGGUGGAAAUCCAAUUUUCGCCACGCAACCCAACAAAAACACGGACAUCCUAGCCGCCGCUCUAGCCGACACCGACGUGUUCACGACGCAACCCAAAAUAUCCCAGUUAAGCCCGAACAACGCCCUCUACCCUAUGAACGUCGGAAACGUCCUCGAAACGAGUCUGACCCUAAACUCCCCCAUAAUGACCCCGCUAGAAGUACCUAGUACGAACACCAAGAAGAUCCCCGACGACGAAGCCGACAUUCUAACUCAAGUACCGAAAAACGUCGAUCUACCGAUCACCAUCACCGAUCCGAAUAUCUCUCAAACGGUCGCCAAUCAACAGGUGGCGAAUUUGAUGGCCAGCGAAUUGUGCUUGGGCAUAUCGGAAACGACGAUUUCCAGCGGAUCGACGUGUUUGACGAGUCCGAGUUAUAGUUACGCGUUGGCCACGCUCGACGAAAACGAUAUGUCGCACAAACCGUUCAGUAGCAGCAUGCCGUUGUUGAACGACGACGUGGAGGAAUCGACGUCCGGUCGCAAAUCGUUAGACAAGGACGACGAGAAAACCGCCAGCAAUCUGAAUUCGGAAGGAUUCUUAGAGGAAGAAAGCAGGUUCACGCUAGGCGGAGGAAUGUGCAGUUCGUUGAGCGAGCCCCCGCCAGAAAUGUUCGACAUACCCGAUGUGAAUUCUUACGGCGAAAAAAACGGAAAUAACAUUCCGUUGUCCCUUCAAAGUACUCCGGAUUCUAAGGACGACGACACGACAGACGUGUUCUCGAAUCAAGCCGAGAGUUCCAGCGAGGGAUCGUGCGAAAUACCCGUACAACCCAAGAUCGUGGCCAAAGCCGUCGACCUGCCCGAAGUUUCCGAGAUGUAAUGGUGAAACUAACAUAGAAUUGGAACUUGCGGCAUAAGUACUAGGAACACUGUUUUACCGGUGUCCAAAAAUCGGUUUAUAACGCAUUCGGGUCGGGGUUUGGUUAAACAGAGAAACUAAAAGGAUAUUUUGUUGGAACAAACUUUUUUUUUAAUACCAUUGUUUCUGAUAAAAUUUUAACCGUUCUCGUUGUUGUAUUAGAAUUUGGGGUUGUCUGAUUUAAAAUGAUAAAAUAUUUUUUCAAAUCAAUUAAAAUUUGACUGAAAUAGGUUAAAAUGAUUUUGCAGACACCACGAUGCAUCUGCUCGUAGGAAUUACCGUUUCAUUUUUAUUGAAUACUGAACACCAAUUUGCAGACAUCAUCUUCGCCACCUUCAAAAUUGUUCUUUUGUCGCUCCCUAAUUUUAAUAAUUGUGGUAUCAAAGGUGAAAAAAACAAAAAGAAUUGUUAUAUAAUUAUUAAAAUUGAGCAAAAUAGAUGAGAAUGCUUUAAAACUUCUUCAUUGUUUUUGCCUUUUGCCAUAAUAAAAUUGCGCCCUAAGGAAUUUAGUUUUAUGGACAAUUUUUACUUCGAAAAUAAGAAAAAGUUAACAUUAACCAAUUUUUUCUGCCGAUUUGCCAUACUUGUCAUAUUUUACAUAUUUUUAAAACAAUUUCUCAUAAUUUAGAUUGUUUGGUAGAGAGUUUUGAAAAUUCAGAUUCAUGGCACUUCCUAACUGAAAUGCCAUUUUGUAUUGUGAUAAAAAUAAAGUGAGUUUCGUUAUGAAAUGUUGAAACUAGAAGCCAUUUUGCAUCAAGUAUGAAAUUUUUCCAGCCUAUUUGUAAUUUAAAAAAAUAUUCAAUUGUUAGAAACAACAUGAACUGUGAUAAAAAGAAUCAAAAUUGAAAAAUGUCAAAUAUUGGCUCUUAUAAAUAUCAAUGCUUGUUAUUGAUCACAUAAUUUAGGCUAUCGCUAAGGGAAAUAUGGCUUGGUAAAAUAAUAGAUUAUUCGAUAAUUUUUUUUUUAGAAAAUUGAGUAAGUUCAAUAACUUUAAAUUUUUUUCCCCUCGGACAGUUCUGACAAACUGAUACCAAUCAUGGGGGGUUUUUGAACUCAACUUCCCCUAAUGAUUUUUUUUGCUCUCUCGAUUCUCGCAUCGUCCGCAUCGCAUUCCAGUCUUGAUUGGCCAACUUCUAAAAGUUUGUGUUCUAUGACUUGGAGAUUUUUACAUGAAUGUAAAAACCAUGACAUCGCUGCGGACAUAAUAUUAUUUUUAUUUUGACCAGGGCAAGAAUCUGAAUAAAACACUACUUUAGUUACAGUUGAUGGCAAAUUAUUUAAACAUUUUCCAUUGUAGGAAGCAAUUUGGUCAGGCCCACGAUCCGAUAUAGCUUCAUGUCACAUAAAACAUGUCGUAUUUGCCGCAUUACAAUCUCUUACUGUAAAGUUAUAGAUCCACAACUGUCUUUUGUAGUAGACUCCGCCAGUUGUUAACGAAGGAGUUGGAAGAUUUUGCUGUAAAUUGAAAACCAGUACAUGCUCAUUUUGAGAUUGACUUGUUCUUUCUUUGUCGAUUUUCUUUUGGUUACAAGCUUUUUCUGCCAAUUCCAAGUGAUUCUCUUUCUUUAGAGCUUUCUCGUUCCGUUCUUCCUUAGUAGAUGCACAUUUAAGUUGAUUUGUGAGCCUGUCACAUGUUAUACAUGUAUCUAUGCUUGGGUUUUUAAUUUUAUAACCUGUUUCCCUGAAUAGUUUAUCGUACAUACUAUAGCAUAACGGAUUUUCCUCUCAUUCAGCCUUUCUUUUAGCUACGUAUAUGUCAUACAUUUUGGCGACAUUAACAGCCGUAUGCAUAGUCAAUCGCCAGUGACUCGCCAGAGAUUAAUUUCGGCGUAUCGCCAGCGAUUCGCUGGCGAUCCGCCGGCGAAAGCCCAAAAAGGAGAUUAUCACCGGUAUCUCUCGCAUUUUAUUCAUGAUUUCUUAAAACUCAAACAAUAAUGAACGAAUAUCAAAUUUUUCCCUAUAAAAGAACAUGAAAACUUGCGUGAAAUGACAUUCCGGUGACAAUCUCCGGCGAGUCGCCAGCUUUUUGGGCUUUCGUCGGCGGAUCGCCAGCGAAUCGCUGGCGAUACGCCGAAAUGAAUCUGGCGAGUCGCUGGCGAUCGACUAUGCAUACGGCUGUAAGGGUAGGUGCCAAGUAUAGCUUUGUUGUAUGGCUUCUGGAGUAAUGACUAUGAUAUUUUGGAAAACUGUUAAUGUGUUCGAUUACUGCCUCUUUCAUUAUCCCUACUAUUUACUGGCUUUUGCGUGGCUCCCCUAGGUUUUCUUUAACAAUUCCCGAGGCUGACUUCUGUUUCUUUUGAACUAUAAAAUCAAUUUUGCCUCUUGUAAUGCUGUGAACUUUUUGGAACAUAGUUUUGCAAAUAUUAAUUUCUGUGCCAGAUGAGGUAGCAAAGUGUGAGACCGUGAUAUCCCUAUUCUUUCUUUUUCCGGUUUCAGUAUCUUGACUUUUUCUUUCUACUUUUUUUUUCCGAGAAUCUCAUGCUGUCAGCUAGAAACUGAUCUUUGUCAGUGAUAUUUGUUAAAAGUUCUCGAAAAUACUUUUUUGUACUUCUGGUGAUAGUCUCUCAACACAUUUAUAAAAUUUGCAACAAGUAGCGACAGGCUCAAAUUCUUCUGCUGGUUUCACAACUGCUUUUCUGGUAAUAUAUUCCUCCCCUUUUGAUUUUUUUUUUCUUCAUCAAUUCUCUGCUUAUUCUCAUCUUUUUUUUGUUUGCUGCAGACUAUUAUUCUCCAUAUCAGGACUUGAUGGCUUACAUCUUUUAGAUAAUACUUUGUUGAUGAGUGGUUCAUUAACAGAAUCGUCACUGUCACUAAAUGGCUCGUUUUUGUCAGCUUUUCAAUUUCGGACACAAAAUCGGGGUCUCUGUCAUUAUCCACAUUUUCAAUGUCAGAAUCAUUUUCUUCCAUAACUAUCAAUCCAGUAACUCCUGACACUUCAUUAUCAGAUGAGUCACUUUCCUUGGACACAAAACUAGAUAUUCAUCUUCAGAUUUACUAAUUAUUUGGUAUGGACAAGGGAUUUUUGCUGUUUGAGAUACGUUAUCCACAUUACUACAGCUUGGUGUUGAGAAUACUCAUCAUAACUGAAAACUCUUUCAAUUAUCAUUUUUUGAUUUUCGAUUCGAUUUUUCAGUACUUUCGCCAUAUUAUUUUCACUAUCCAAUGUUUUAUCACUGAGUACCCCUUGACCAAUAACUUUCUGAUCCAAAUCACAAAUUUUUGGCAGUUCCACCAUAUCUGCAGAUUUACUACAUACUGGUUUCGCCAUUUCUACCAUACCUUGGUAAUUUUUUGAAUUCGUUAUCCAUCUGAAAGAGAAAUGUAUAGAUUUAAAAAAAUUUAGAAAACAAAAUGAUGUAUUGAUUUGUACAAAAAUUAAGCAAAAUAAGAAUCUAAAUUGGAAAUAUUUAGGUUUUAUUUUCUUUGUCUAGGUAAAAAGAAAAUAGAUACCUUCUUAACUAAUUUAACUAACCUGUGCCAUCUCGGAUUGAUUCGCAAAGAAAUAUACAUAAAACAGCUGGGGAGAAUCACUUGAUCCGAAUGAUUUGGACAUGGAGACUACACAAGGAACAAGCACUCAAGUGUGGCAUUUGGCAGAGUAUGUCCGCGCUUUAUCGUAUAAAUAAAGCUUUCUUUUUUCACCACUAGCGUCGCUAAUUUUUCUUUUGUACCGGUGUGAAUAUAGAGGAAUAAACAAAUGUGAAAUUAGCGUGAAAAUAAAGUAACCGAUUAUUUAAUUAACGUAAACA